AAUCGUGAAGACACUACUAACAUUUCAAAUAUAACAAACAAUUCUCCACGUACUCUUACCACCGCAAAUCCUAUACUUACCGCAAAAAUUCAUGAUAAAAUGUGUUAUUUUAAUGGAUUCGAUGAUUCUGAACCUCCACUCAAUAAUAAUUAUAUAUAUGACCUUGAACUUGGUCCUAAAAAUCAGAAAAACAAAAGAAUUACUCAAAAUUAUGUGAAUCUUUUUAUUAAAGAAUUUGACAUCCAAUUCGAAGAAACACAAACUAAUGAGAAGUGGAAUGAACCUACAAUUACUGAAAUUGCCGAAGCCUAUUUCAAAACCUUGAAAAAGGAACGAAAUACUACCCCAGCUGUAAAGCUUUUGAAUGAUCAACGCGCACGGUGCCGCAAACGACGUGAUACA